CAUCACGGCCACCAUCACCACCAUCAUCAUCAUCACCAUCGUCAUCACCACAAUAAUCAUCAUAAUCAGCGAACUAAAGAGCAGCCAGGGACGAAGGAGCAUCAGCACCAUCAGCCCUCUUUGCUGCCCUCCUCGCCUCAGGCCAUCAAGCAAGAAAAGUGCGAGACCAACACCGGCGCUAUGCUUUCCAAUGGCAGCAAGGGCUCGGGCGACGAUGCCGACAGCCUCGAGGAGAUGCCGCUCGACAUCGGCGAGCAUUACCUCGUGCGCAGAUCCGAUGACUCUUGGCGUCCUGCUGAAGUCAUUCAAACUCGUUUUAACGAAGUGGAAAACCAUUAUGAAUAUUAUGUUCACUAUGAAGGUUAUAACAGAAGAUUGGAUGAAUGGGUACCUCGAGAUAGAAUUAUGUCCAGUAGGUUUGACAUGAGCGAUCGAUCCUGGAAAAAUGGUGAUAGGAGUCAGAGCAUUGAUCUGCUAGCCGAUUCAUCGGAUAGAAAGAUUACGAGAAAUCAAAAAAGACGUCAUGAUGAAAUUAAUCAUGUGCAAAAAACAUAUGCUGAAAUGGAUCCUACAACUGCAGCAUUAGAGAAGGAACAUGAAGCAAUCACAAAAGUAAAAUACAUUGACAGGAUACAAAUAGGUAAAUACGAAAUAGAUACAUGGUACUUCAGUCCAUAUCCAGAGGAGUAUGGGAAACAACCAAAACUUUGGAUUUGUGAAUACUGUCUGAAAUAUAUGAGGCUAGAAAAGACAUAUCGAUAUCAUAUGAGCGAAUGUACUCAUAGACAACCACUGGGUAAAGAAAUUUAUCGAAAAGGGACACUAAGUAUUUGGGAGGUUGAUGGCAAAGAACACAAAAUUUACUGCCAAAACCUUUGCCUACUGGCGAAAUUGUUUUUAGAUCACAAAACACUUUAUUUUGAUGUCGAGCCCUUUCUAUUUUAUAUUUUAUGCGAAGUGGACAAGCACGGAGCACAUCUGGUCGGAUAUUUUUCAAAAGAAAAAGAGUCACCCGAUGGUAAUAAUGUUGCUUGUAUUCUAACUCUACCACCGUUUCAAAGACAAGGAUAUGGUAAACUUUUAAUAGCUUUCAGUUAUGAAUUAAGUAAGAUUGAACAAACUGUAGGAAGUCCAGAGAAACCACUAAGUGAUUUAGGUAAACUGUCUUAUCGAAGUUAUUGGAGCUGGAUUUUACUUGAAAUUCUGCGAGACUUUAGGGGAACAUUAAGUAUUAAAGAUUUAAGUCAAAUGACUAGUAUAUCGCAAACGGAUAUAAUCUCUACUUUACAAAGUAUGAAUAUGGUAAAGUAUUGGAAAGGUCAGCAUGUGAUAUGCGUCACGCCAAAACUUGUAGAGGAACAUAUUAAAAGUAGUCAAUACAAGAGGCCAAGGCUCACUGUAGACAGUAAUGCGUUAAGAUGGGGAGCACCGCCUCGGAAAAACAUCAAACCCGGAAAAAAGUAAAAUAAUCGAAGCCACUCCAGCGGUGUUGCAGCAGAACUUAAAUGUUCUUUAAAUUUAAACCAUUCCUGUAAAUUUGUUUAUCUUAUACUACGAAAGAAGUUUAAUUCAAUUUCUUGAAAUAUUUUAAAAUUAUGCUCUUCAAUUUUUGUGCUCGAUUCGUGCGACAAUGAGAAAGUUUUAUCGAUGAAACAACAAUAUAAUCAUGAUUUGCAGUGAUUUUUUGCGAAAAUAACAAAAUCGUGCCUCGCUCGGAAAAGCGACAUAAAUUAUUAAGAAAUAUUGUCAUUAAGCAGUAUUAACCGUUAUUAGUGUUUUUUCUUAUAUAAAGUAACAAUAAAGUAUAGGGAAUUUUUUAAAUAAAAA